CUUCCGGUUGCGAGCUUGAAGUUGAUAUCCAACGACAAACAGUCGAAGCCCGAAUUUUCUUGUUACCUUUUACUCUCAUUUGUUUUUGGACAUUAUGUCGUCCUAUACCAAUUCACCAAGACGUGUCAAUGAUUUUGAUGGUGCAGAGAGUUCAGAUGCUGAAGAAGAAAAGGACCCUGAUGGAAAUGUCUCUGAUGAAGAUACUGCAGAUGCCAGUGAGACAGAGGACAAACGUAAGAACCAUCAAAAUACCACACCCAAUGGGGGCCAAAGGACUGAGAUAAAAGAACAGAUGUAUCAAGACAAGCUUGCACAGAUCAAGAAGCACAUUGGUAUGCUGCAGGAGGGAUCCCUGCCAGAGUUCCUGAAGAGAACCAAGAAGAUAGAGCUGCAGUACAGGGAGAGACUUCGUCAAAAUGAGAUUGCUAAAACAGUGGACAUUGAAAAGGCUGACAGGAACUAUCAUGUGGACUGCACCAAUGCUCAGAAGGAGUUCGAGGAGAAAAGAGAGAGGCUGAAGGAACGAUUACUAGAUCAUUUGAAGGAGAAAAAAGUCGACCUGAAGGACAGCUUGAUCGGUGACCUGAAGGAGAAGCGGAGCGUUAUAGAACUGGAGCGACAGACAAUUGAUUUGAACGGCGCUGACUUCAUGGAGGUGAAGCCGACCAUGACGAGGAAGCUGAGAAGACGACCCAAUGACCCCGUUCCCAUUCCAGAAAAGCGACGAAAACCUUCUCCUGCCCAGAUCAAUCUGUUGCUGGACGACGACCAGAUCCUGGCCGACCUCCGCGUGAUGAUGAAGGUCAGCGGCAAACCCGUGGCCAAGAAACAGAUGCUGUCCAACCAGAACUCCCUGCUGGACACCAGCUCCGACGUGAGGAUUGAGGACGGCAGGUUGUGGUAUGACAAAAAAUGGUUUCAGCGAAACAGCAUGGUUCAGCUGGACAACAAAGAGGGAGGUCCAAGGAUCUAUGGCACGAUCACCAAUAUAGGGAACCAAGAGAUUUGGAUCAAGCGAAGCGGAGACAACUCAAAGCUCAGAAUUUACAUUUCCCAGUUCCAGAAAGGCAAAUACGUGAUGAAGAAGAGAGCAACGUAGUAGUAACUGCUUCGCUCUUGUUUCUGUGUAUUUAUGUAAAUUGACGUACAUCAUCACUGACCUUCCAGUAGCUCCCGUGAGAAACCCAUGCCUGCUCUGAAGAUCAUUGGUCACUUUAUGUAGUUCUCAUUGCAAAAUGAGCCGAUGGUCAACGUUCGUCGCUCAAAGUACGAGGUGGAUUAUUUGUGUCAGUCUCGGUGAAAGUGAUGUGGUCAUGAAGCAGACGAUUAUGGUGGAAUGGAUAUUAUCUUCAACGGCACCUGUUUCAUGUCGGGAUGAAUGAAUUCCUCGCAAAGAGCAACUCCUUUGGUGGUGAAAUUUCAUGACACUGACAUGUCAGGUCAAAUUACUACCGGAGUGCUUCUCUUUGGAUCAGGCGUGGUGCUCGCUCCUUCCCGCCGCGGCGGGCUCUGUUUGACGUGGGACGUAGUGUUUGAGGGCUUUGCGGCACCAAUGAUAGUACAUAACAAGAUGGGUCACUUCUCUCUUUGAGCCAAUUAAAAAAGUG